UAGGUACGGUUGUCGCGCGGCGGCGGCCUCGUCGCCUGUUGCUCCGUGCGACGCGUCUUUCGGCAUCGUUUUCCACGCGUCGUCCGGCGCCGUCCACUCGUUAUCGCUCGCACCACCAGAGACCCGGUUAGUAUACGACGUUACAUCUUCAGCCCCCGUCUACGGGCCGCCAUUUUGGUCCUUUCUGUGAAAUAUCUCGAGUCCCGGGUCCCUCGCCACCUGCGCCGACUCGCGCCGCUUGACGCCUUCGCACGCCUUCCGACGCCGACUGCUCCUCGAUUGCGGAGAUCACGGUCGACACGAACCAUCGCCUGGUAACGCGCCUAAACUCGGCUCGAGAUUUCCUCCAAAAUCUUCGGCCCCAGCCGUCACAAACUGCAAAUCAUAAGAGAAAAAGAGAUGUCGUCGGGGGAAGCCGGCAAGGUGGGGCCGGUCCAGGCCUCGGCGAGAUGACUGCCAGCCGAGUGCAGCGGGGCCAGUCGUCGCCAUGAGGAGAGCCUUCUGAGGGCCCAGAAGUCCAGGAAGCGCAGAGAUAUCGGCCCGACCCCAUGUCGUCCCCCGUGCGGUACUUGACCAUGGACCAGGCGAGUUCCGGUCUGCUCGGCGACAACAGGACGAGCCUGUUGAAGCCGAACAACGGGCGACUGGCGGCGAUGGCUAAGCAGAACAACGUGCGGAAGAUGAGCGUGAUGCACGAGGAGGAGGGCUCGGAGGAGGCGGACUCGGAGCCGGCCCCAGGGGGUCAUCAUCGGGACCACCACGAGGGGGACUUCCAGUGCGAGGAGAGGGGUCGCCUCCUGAGCACGGAGAGCAGAAGAACGACCAUCGCGCCGGCCCACUCCAUGGUGGGGUCGGCCAGCAACGGCGGGAAACGAUGCAGCAGCGGGGCCAGCAGCACGGACAGCGUCCACGAGAAGGGUCCCAGGGUCCAGAAGCCGGUCUGUCCCGAGGGCACCGAGUCGAGGCUCUGUCGCGAGAACUCCGCCCACGGUGGCAGACUCGGUCGGGCCGGAGAACUCCACGGGGGUCGGUAUCGGUACCCCAGCAUGAGGUCCCUGAAGUCCAACGCCACCGACGAGCACCAUCACCAUCCGCCGGCCUCCAGCUGGGCCUCCAUCGUCUUCUCCGACGUGAACGGCCAGGUCGGCAGGCACUUCCCCGACUCCGUGUCCAUCCGCUCCCUCGCCUCCAUCGGCCUGGGUUCUUCCGAUGGACGGAAGCUCACCAUACGUAGAGUUCCCACUUCGCCGUCGGAGCUGCUUAACAUGGUACAUCCGCCAACCCCAGUGGAGGAUGAUCUUUCCACCGGUACCAGUUACGAUGACAUCGACGCCGAAGACCCCGGGGAUUACCGCCAACCGAAGAGACCACAUUGGGCAAACAAAGUGCAAUUUGUUCUCGCCUGCAUCGGCUACUCGGUUGGACUCGGAAACGUGUGGAGGUUUCCAUACCUAUGCUACAAAAGUGGCGGAGGAGUGUUUCUCGUGCCGUACUUUCUAAUACUCAUCGUAUGCGGAGUGCCACUGCUGUACAUGGAACUAGCCAUCGGUCAGUUUACCCGGCGAGGCUCGAUCGGUGCUCUCGGCCAAAUCUGCCCCCUGUUCAAAGGAGCAGGCUUGUCGUCGGUCGUCAUCUCAUUCCUAAUGUCCACCUACCACAACGUGAUAAUAGCUUACGCGAUCUACUACUUCUUCACGGCCUUCAGGGCCGAGCAGCCUUGGUCCGACUGUGAUAACUCCUGGAACACCCCAGCCUGCUGGCAGCCAUCCUUGAAGUCGUUCGACAACCGAACUCGUCCCAACACCUCCAGAACGGCGUCCGAAGAGUUCUUCGAAAACAAAGUGCUUCAAAUGAGCAACGGCAUCGAAGAACCGGGGGCCUUGAGGUGGGAACUAGUAGCUUGUCUAGUUACCGCCUGGAUAAUAGUUUACUUCUCGAUAUGGAAGUCCAUCAAGUCAUCCGCACAAGUCAGGUACCUCACGGCCACACUCCCAUUCCUUCUAAUAGUCGUCUUUCUCACUCGGUCCCUCACACUCGAAGGUGCUGACAAGGGCCUGCAAUUUUUCUUCCGUCCGAGGUGGCACCUUCUUGGCGAUGCCAAGGUCUGGGUGAACGCAGCGGCUCAGAUCUUCAAUUCCGUCGGCAUUGCCUUCGGCUCUAUGAUUUGCUUCGCGAGCUACAACAAAUUUCACAACAACAUUUUGGUGGACGCGCUGGCGGUGUCCUUGAUCAACGCCUUCAGCAGCCUUUUGGUCGGCAUCUUUGCGUUCGCCACCAUCGGGAACAUCGCCAUCGAGCAGAACAUGUCCGUGGAAGACGUCCUAAGCGACGGACCUGGUCUGGUCUUCGUGGUUUAUCCUCAAGCCCUAGCCAAGAUGCCGGCUUCCCAACUCUGGGCCGUCCUUUUCUUCUUCAUGCUGGUGUGCCUCUCUCUGAAUAGUCAAUUCGCAAUAGUAGAAGUCGUCGUGACGUCGAUCCAGGAUGGAUUUCCUAACUGGGUGAAGAAGAAGCUUCUUUGCCAUGAAAUGCUAGUCCUUUUGAUAUGCGUGGUAUCAUUCCUCUUCGGGCUGCCCAAUAUAACUCAGGGUGGCAUAUUCUUCUUCCAAUUGAUAGACCAUUACGCCGCCUCGAUUUCGAUCAUGUUCCUGGCGUUCUUCGAAGUAAUCGCGAUCUCCUGGUUCUAUGGGGUGCGUCGAUUAUGCAACAAUGUCAAAGAAAUGACCGGACGCCUGCCCUCGAUGUACUUUCGAUUCUGUUGGCUGGUGGCGGCGCCUCUCCUGAUCAUGGCAGUGUGGGUGUUCAGCUUAAUAGAUUACGAGCCACCGACUUAUCACAAUGGAGACUACAAAUACCCAUGGUGGGCGGAAACCAUCGGAUGGGGAAUAGCGUCGCUUUCCUUGGUGUGCAUUCCUGCCUUCGCCGUUUACGUUCUCCUCAGGGCCGAAGGCAAGACUUUCUCGGAGAAACUGAGGAAUUCCAUAAAACCCGACUUCGAGGCCUGCAAGAUCUGCGGACAAGAGUACUGCACGGAGCCGCUGCACAGUAUGGAGGAGGAAAUGCUGAAAGAACCGUUGCAAGUUAUAAACAGUCCGAUCCAGACGAACGUCAAUUACUUGCCCAGCAAGCCCGAGAUCUAACAGAGAAUAAUUUUUUACUCGAACAAAACUGACGUUUCCCGCAUCGACGCUGGGAAGAUGGACGCACUCAAUACCGAUAUAAUUAAUACGCCUUACGUACGCCUGGACGCAUUUUAAACGUCACGCUGAAAUUCACCGCUCAAGAUACAAAAUAUUGCGCUAGCGAUUGUUUAAACAAGUGUAAUAUAAAUUAGCAAUAACGUCGAGAAACCGUGAGAAGAGAGCGUGUAAAUACCAGGCAUCUUGAAGAGCCAUUGCCGAGUACUAGAUGCUUCGUAGUUAGCAUCUAGCCGUGUAGAUAAUGCGACUUUUAACGACGGUAUACGUAAGCCGUCCUGCUAAUAUGAUUUUAAAAAUAAGUACCGCUCUCGACGCAUUGGCCUUAAUUCGAGUAAUUCAUAGGAGAGAGAGGAGAUAUUAUUUUAAAGGGAAAAAAGACACCGCUACCAACGAAGCGACUAAACUAACUCACCGGAAGCAUUUUGCGUAGUCCCAGUUCAGACACUGCUUGUGAAGCAGUGACGACGUAAAUUUAAGAUCCAUUUUCCUCCUAAAGGAACGAUUUAGCGAACUUUUUACUCAUCUCUGUUGAUACUUCUUAUGAUGAUGCAUUCCAUCGUAUCAUUCUCUCGCGUAGGUACACUGCUCUUCGUGAAACGGAAUCAGUGUCAUCGGUAACGCAUUCAUUUACAACUAUCCCUAAUUAUCGAAUCAAAUGCUAACUACUAGUCAUAAGAAAUAGUGUGGACGAGUUACGAGUUGUCUUAGCAGCGCUCCUCCUAGCCGAGUAUCCUGUUUUCCAGUGCAAGUUCCUCCAGUAGCGAAGAGAACCGUUUGAGAAUUAAAGAUGCGCCUUCCUAGGGGACUUAGACAAUCGAAUGUCCGACAAUAAAAAUUCAACUCCACGUGAUUACUUUAAGCGUUAUUUAUGACGAGACGAUGCGAUCCUAAUGACGAGAUAUACUACUUACUGAUUAGUACUUUCGUAGGGGCAUUUCGGGAUUUGCCGUGGAAACUUUGCAGCUAAACUAUCGCAUACAAUACGAUAUUGUCGUGAGCUAUCUUUCCGCUCAUCUUUAUCAUAUGUGUUCACCCGAGGAAGAUCGCAAGGUCAAAAUCAAACAAGUGGUUGUAUUUUAAGGCUGUGUUAGAGAAGAAUUAUGCACCAUGCGGCACCCUUCCUGCUCAACGAGUAGAAUGUAUCUGAAAGUUUGAGAGAAUAAACGAUGCUUGGAAA